CAUUGAUGGCAUUAAUUCCUACUUGACCUUUGGGAAGCUACUUUUCUAAUUCCCCUCCUCUUCGUCCUCCUUCUUUCUCCACCGUCGAACUCUUUGAAGCUGAAGGAUCUCCUGUUCCUGAAGAAUGGGACCUUUGGUCGGCCUUCACGACACCAAGACACAGUGCUGUGGUAGCUCUAUGGUAGAAAAGAUUUGAUUUUGAAGACGGGUUCCUGCGUUUCGGUUGCAUACAGAGCAGAUUCCACCAUGAGACGAUGUCUAGGCAUCGGUUCCAAGGCCAAGAGGUUCUUCUUCUUCCCGUCGCCCGCCAAGGAGAAGCCCUUGUGUUGGGAUAACCCUUUGGGUCGAUUUGGCCCUGAGAACCCAGACUUUGGCUGCGAGGAGGAAAUAUUUUUUGACUCAAAAGAAAGUUUGGAUUCUGAAUGUGAGGAUGAUUUCUUUAGUGUCAUUGGAGACUUGACACCGUCACGAGUAAGUACCCCUGACCAUCAAACAAAUGUAAGGUUGAUCUCUGGAUUGGAUAAUACCAUCUUUGUGGACAAGUAUCCAGACUCUAAAUCCGAACCCUCUCCCGCUGGUAGAAAGAAAUUAGGUGACAUUCUACAUGAAACAAUUCAAGGUGAACGGGCAGUUGAUGCAACAAAUGCUGCCGAAGAGGAAGUGGGAAUCAAUGGAAAACCCGAUGUACUCAAAACCGACACAGACCAAGCUCCAGGAUCAUUAAAUGGCACUCCAUACUGCUCUGGAGCCACUUCUGUCUGUGCAAGUGAAAUGACACCAAGUCAGGAUCGCAAGAACAGGAAAGGCAAAAUAUGGAAGGCUGGUCAUUGUUGCUUGCCAAGCUUGCAGAGUUUUGGCUUUGAUGAGAAAAGGCAGAAGCUGAAUCCUGGAGCCUACAAUUCCUGAUACUGCUGUUGCUUUUAGUAAAUUGUCUUCUGAAUGGGUUAUCUAGGCUCCUACUAGUACUUCGAUUGUAUGCUCAUAUGUACGAGUGUCAUGAUCUUAGCCUCGACAUAGACCUUUAAGAGUUAGUUAAAGAGACAAUUUUUGGCAGAUAACUGCAAGUUGGGUCGUCGUCAAAUAUCUGUAAACAAAAGCUUGUUACAUUUUCUACUGCCAUGUAAAAUUUCCAUGCACUCAUAGAACAUGGAAAAGAAGAAACAAGCGGUUAACUUUUCUUUGGAAAUCUGUACAUCUGUUGCCUUCCUAAAUAUCUGUCUUGAAAGCAACAUGUCCACUAUACAUUCAAGAAAUAUAGCUCUUGCUCUGUCGCUGCUGGCCUUGCUAUCA